CGGGAAACGGAAAUCGAGGGCCAGGCCCCGAAUUUAGAGCGGGCGGAGAGAUGUUGUAAGGAGGAAUCUGUGUCGUAGAUCUGGAUUCUCGAAGAAUAGAUGCGCAUCCUGUUGGCGCUUUUGAGAAAAUAUCGCCGCGGCCGCCUGCUCAGCACCAGGAAAGACAAGCCCGCCAUCAAUGCAAUGCAAGGCUUACGAGGAGAGGAGAGAGCAGCUGAAUCCUGAACACCGAGGACACACGAACGGGAGCGAGUCCUCCAGAUUCUGCAAACGGAUGCUCGGCAGAGCCCGUCCCCCGACCCUCGGUGGCCGCCACAGUCCAAAGUUGUCUGUGUGUCUAUAAUUGGCCUUUGCGAAUGGACGGUUGUCUUCUGUGGAGGCAAUUUCUGUUUUUUAGAGUUUUGACUUGCUGCUUAAGACGCUGGAAGUUCGGAAUAGUUCACUGGCGAUGUACAGUCGAGAUGGAUGGAUGGAUGGACUGGAAUCGUGGAAGCAAUUGGCCAAGAAUGUUUUCGUCGUCCUUCAAGGAGAACAGGCUCGAUGGGGGUUACUCCGAUCAUUUUUUCAAUCCACUUGGGCCUCCUUUCUUUCUUCCGAUGAAAACAAAUGUUCCUUGAAACCUAACAUUCGACGGUCAGAAUGAAAACCAGUCCCUGUUACAUCUUCAUUUCUGCUUCCGAACGAGAAGUUCGAGCCGGUUCAAUCCAAUCCAAUCCACCUGCCUGGGAUGCAGAGAGAGCCGGUGAAGACAGUUUCCGAUCGAUGCAUCGAUUAGUAGGAAGAAUAGAAGAAAUCGGGGUGUGCGGGCUAAUUCACGUGAAGAGUAUGAUGCGCAUCUGGGGUACUAUAUUCUUAUCUGCCGAGUGCGGGUGUCAGCCAAGGGAGCAGAGAGAUAACUGUAGAGGCGAAUUGAUGGGCUCAAGAGUAAAGAACCGGGAUAUUGUUUCUUAUCUGCUCUAUGCGGCCGCAAUAUCAACACUUUUUCUACAUAGCUCUGUGGUCUCCAAUCUUGGCUUUGUCGUCUUCUGUCGAAGCCUUGUUCACACAUACAGUGCAGCGAGCGCUCAUGUGAGCGAGCCCUGUAUGGAAUAAAGUCUAGCCGCUUUUCGAAAGUUGGUCCUGUAUCGUGUCCAUUGUAGGUGACAGUUUCCUUGUCCACCCUUUUUCGGCAUAGGUGCUAUAUGCUAUGUACAUAAGUCAGUACAGGCCUCUACAACCCAAAUAUGUCGACAUCAUCAUAUCUUUUCGUGACAGACGCAAAUUCUUCUCAGAGAUUCUUUCUUAAUUACGUUCUGCGGCAUUUUCAUAGGAGGGAUUUUUCAGAUUGCUACAGUGCAUAAGUUAGUGUGCUCUUGUUGUUGCCCGCUAUACUUUCCCGCUCUCCAGUAACGUUUUAAUAAAGUAAUGUGUAAUCAAUGUGUGA